GCGACGAGCAGACUACUGCUAAUCUCCACACGGCCACAUCGCAUCGUUCAUCAUCACUUCAAAUAGCUAUUAUUUCUUCAUUCAGGUAACACCCUAUUGCCACCAUGCCUCUACCAGCAAAUGAUGAUUAUUCAGCCAUCCAGGCUUACUUCACAGCCAAGGAAUGGGCAGAGACCAGUGACUAUGAGAAACUUCGUCUCAAGAAUAUCAAAGAAAAUUAUGAGAUGAUGAUUGAAGUUGGACUACAGAUCGACAGUCCCCCGGAUUUCAUGCGACCUCGUCGUGGAAGAAAGAAACAGAUCGUAGAGGAGAGUGAUAGCGAGGAUGAGGAGUGGAAGCAGAAGAAGGCCAAGAAAAAGUCAAGAGGCCUACAGGUCAGUCCCUCGGAGUUCAUGCGACCUCGUCGUGUAAGAAAGAAACAGAUCGUAGAGGAGAGUGAUAGCGAGGAUGAGGAGUGGAAGCAGAAGAAGGCCAAGAAAAAGUCAAGAGACAGGAGAAAGGAGAAACCCAAACCAUCCCCAAGACAAUCUAGAUACCCGAAGAGAGCAGUGAGCCGCAAGUCUUACAAAGAAGAACAUGUUCCUGAUGAUUCUGCACUCUAUAGAUGUGGGGACUGUGGAACACUCUAUGCCUUUCCGCUUCUUUUAGCAAGGCAUCUCAAGUACAAGCAUGGACACUAUGGUAUUGUCCCAAAGGCAGAUGCAUCAAAGGAAGACAUUCUACAGUUUAUUAAAGGAGAAAUCAGAUGUAGUAAAUCAAGAAUUAUGCAAAACAGGGAAAAACCCCAUGUUUGUGAUCAAUGUAGUAAGGCAUUUAAUCACGCUAGUGAUCUCACAAGACAUGAACGCAUCCAUACAGGUGAGAAGCCCUAUGUAUGUGAUCAGUGUGGUAGGGCAUUUUAUCAAGCUGGUGAUCUCACAACACAUAAACGCAUCCAUACAGGUGAGAAGCCCUAUGUAUGUGAUCAAUGUGGUAAGGCAUUUAAUCAAAUAAGUAAUCUCACAUCACAUAAACGCAUCCAUACAGGUGAGAAGCCCUAUGUAUGUGAUCAAUGUGGUAAGGCAUUUAAUCAAGAACCUCAUCUCACAACACAUAAACGCAUCCAUACGGGUGAGAAGCCCUAUGUUUGUGGUCAAUGUGGUAAGGCAUGUAAUCAAGCUAGUGGUCUCAAGAAACAUAAGCGCAUUCAUACAGGUGAGAAGCCCUAUGUAUGUGAUCAAUGUGGUAAGGCAUUUAAUCAAAUAAGUAAUCUCACAUCACAUAAACGCAUCCAUACAGGUGAGAAGCCCUAUGUAUGUGAUCAAUGUGGUAAGGCAUUUAAUCAAGAACCUCAUCUCACAACACAUAAACGCAUCCAUACGGGUGAGAAGCCCUAUGUUUGUGGUCAAUGUGGUAAGGCAUGUAAUCAAGCUAGUGGUCUCAAGAAACAUAAGCGCAUUCAUACAGGUGAGAAGCCCUAUGUAUGUGAUCAAUGUGGCAAGGCAUUUAAUCGAGCUGGCUAUCUCACAAAACAUAAACGCAUCCAUAUAGGUGAGAAGCCCUAUGUAUGUGAUCAAUGUGGUAAGGCAUUUAAUCAAGCUGGUGAUCUCACAAAACAUAAACGCAUCCAUACAGGUGAGAAGCCCUGUGUAUGUGAUCAAUGUGGUGAGGCAUUUAAUCAAGCCAGUAAUCUCACAAGACAUAAACGCAUCCAUACAGGUGAGAAGCCCUAUGUAUGUGAUCAAUGUGGUAAGGCAUUUAAUCACAAACAUGUUCUCACAGCACAUGAACGAAUCCAUACAGGUGAGAAGCCCUGUGUAUGUGAUCAAUGUGGUGAGGCAUUUAAUCAAGCCAGUAAUCUCACAAGACAUAAACGCAUCCAUACAGGUGAGAAGCCCCAUGUAUGUGAUCAAUGUGGCAAGGCAUUUAAUCAAGCCGGUUAUCUCACAAUACAUAAACGCAUCCAUAUAGGUGAGAAGCCCUAUGUAUGUGAUUAAUGUGGUAAGGCAUUUAAUCACAAACAUGUUCUCACAGCACAUGAACGAAUCCAUACAGGUGAGAAGCCCUGUGUAUGUGAUCAAUGUGGUGAGGCAUUUAAUCAAGCCAGUAAUCUCACAAGACAUAAACGCAUCCAUACAGGUGAGAAGCCCUAUGUAUGUGAUCAAUGUGGUCAGGCAUUUAAUCAAGCUGGCUAUCUCACAACACAUAAACGCAUCCAUACAGGUGAGAAGCCCUAUGUAUGUGAUCAAUGUGGUCAUUAGGCAUUUAAUCAUGAACCUAAUCUCAUAAAACAUAAACGCAUCCAUACAGGUGAGAAGCCCU